CAAAUUUAUAUUCUCCAUAAAUUCUUGCUUGACACAAAUGGUUUCUGUAAAUUCAACUAAAUUAUUUUAAAUCUAUGAUCAAAAAAUGUGUUGAAUAAGAACUUGAAUAUUUUUAGUAACACAGGACUCAAGGUGUGCUGUGCUAUCUUAGUAAAUCUUCUUGGGACACUCCAAAUAAAUCAACUUGUUACAAAUAUACCUACUUAACGUUAUUUUAGAAAUAAUUUACUUUAUAAGUUCUUUUUUUUAUACUUCAUAAUGUUUGUUGAUAUUUAGGAAUAUCAGAAUGGCAGUAUCCCAAAAUGGUGAGGUUAUGGGCGGCAUUAUAUGUAAUAUAACAGGAAGGACUGAUAUUCAGUAUGAUGGAAACUUUGAUAAAUAUUCUGAACUUAAUGCUAAGGUUGUUAUAUUUUUGUAUAAAACCAAGUUACAGUCUAAUGUAUUUGGUCAGUAUCCGUCUGUAGACCAUAUAUUAGAUAUGAACAUUAUUGCAGUCAAUAGACCUUACAGAGGAAAUGGCAUUUGUAAAUCACUUGUCAAAAAAUCUAAAGAGUUAGCAAUAGAAUUAGGAUGUCAAAUGAUUUAUGCUGAAUGCUCUAGUAACUAUACUGCAAAAGCUGUUGAAAAUUUUGGCCUAAAAUGUAUACAUUCAGUGAAUUAUGCGGAUUAUAUUGAUGAGAAGGGCAAUGUUAUGUUCAAAACUCAAUCACCCCAUGAAAGUUUUAAAGUCUAUGCAUUACUUUUGUAAAAUAUUUGAUUUAAACAUUGUUUAUCAUAUUCAUCGAUUGUUUCAUUUUGUGAAUUACAUCAAUUCUGACUAUAUUCAUGAUUUAUAUUUUAUUCCUAAUUGAUUAUUAAGCCUUA